GGACCCAAUUUGUUAUGUGGUAUACAACUCUUAACAUUUAAAGUUCCUUAGCCUGUGUUUACGCUUAGGGAAUGUGUGGAGAAAUUGCAGCUACUAAAGACUCCAGAGGAGCGUCAACGCAGACUGGAGGAGAUUCCAGAAAUAAAUGCUGACCCAAAUAUGGAUCCAAGUUAUGAGUCUGAAGAAGAUGAAGAUGAAACAGACAAUAGGAAAAAUGAUAGCUAUAUGAGGCCAAGGGGCAGUAGCUUUAGCAGGAGAGGGAGGGAAGCAGUUUCUCCUCAGAAAGGAGGUUUUGGUUCAAGUGAUUCUUGGAGUGGGACAAGAAAUUACCCUAGCACAAAUAGAGAAUUAAGCAGAAACCUCUCUAGUAAAGGUAUCUCGAGCAAGGAUGAUUCUGUUGGAGCUGUUGAGAUGGGGAAUGAAAAUUUAUGGAUUUUAGGACAAGACAGAGAAACAAAACAACCAAACAGUUGGGAUAAGCCAAAAACUCCACUAAAUUUGGAGACUGGUGCUAGGAAUACCCACUCUAUGGUAAUGCCAGAACCAUCUUCUAAGAUUUUGCCAGAAGUUUCACCUGCAACUCCUUCUGGAGCAACAACUGCUGGCCAAAUUAAUGAAACAGAGAAAAUGUGGCAUUAUCAAGAUCCGUCAGGAAAGAUUCAAGGACCAUUUUCAAUGGUGCAGCUGCGUAAAUGGAAUAAAAAUGGGUAUUUUCCUGUAGAUUUGAGAAUUUGGAGGAAAACUGAGAUGCAAGAUGACUCUAUACCUCUAACUGAUGCAUUGGCUGGAAAGUUUCAACAGGACACUGCAUUGGUGACUGACAUCUUUUCAAAGGCUCAAAUGGCUUCUUAUUCUGGGAACCUUCUUCAUGCACCGUUGCAACAAGGAAUUGAGGAUCAAGCUGGUGAGGGAUUGAAGUUUGAUCAAAAUUAUGCAGCUUGGAGUCCACAUCGCACUGUGGGUUCUUUAGGCCAAUCAGCUGGAGAAAGCUGGAAAUCUCAACCGGAAGUCCAUUCUACAGGCCGUGCUGCUCCAUCUUCACUUGAGGUCCCAAAGCAUUCUCAAGAUGCUUGGGGUUCUGAAACCAAUCUUCCCUCUCCCACUCCAAACCAACCUGCUACAGCUGUGACAAGGGGUCAAGCCUUGGAAAGUAAAUUGUCACCUAAAUCCGUUCAGCCUUCAGGUUCUCUUUCUGUAGCCAAUCUAUUCCGAGGAGAUACUGGUUUGCAACCUCAUGCUGUAGGGUUUUCAGAGAGUGGGAGUCCAGCACCUAAGCCUGAAACAAGUAUGCUGUUGAGCUCUGCAAAUGCUCAUCAAAUGCAUUCACAAUUGAUGGUGUCAAGUGAAUCACAAAGGAUGCUGGUCAAUGUUCAAACCUCUAUUAAUUCAGGUGCUGAUGAUGUGAGAAAUGCAGGUGCAUCUCUUCAAAACUUGGUUCAACCUGUGAGUAGUCAUACUCCUCUUGAAACUCAUAGAUGGGGUUCCGGCUCAGUUUCAAGACCAGAUAUGGUUGCUCCAAGCUCUGUACCAGCAGCUGCAGUUCAAGCAUGGGGCAGUGCUUCGUCUCAAAAGCUAGAUCCCAAUACUUCACUUUCUAUGCCUGCUCAGCCUGUUGCAUAUGGUAACUGGAACAAUGCUUCAUCUUCUGGCCACAAUUCUUCUGCAUCUGUUGGCACGGGAAAUCCAGUUGGGAGUUUCCCCAUUCCAGGACAAAUGGGGUUGCCUGCAUCUGAUUCUUGGAGGCCUCCAGUUCAAGGUCAGCCAAAUGUCCAGCCUCCUACUCUGCCCAACCUGUCUUGGGGCAUUGGUGCUGCAGAUAACCAAAAUGGUGCUCCAAGACCAGUGGCUGGGAAUCAGAACCCUGGUUGGGGGCCAAUGCCAGGAAACCCAAAUAUGGGAUGGGGGGCACCUGUACCCAUGAAUACAAAUGUUAACUGGGGAGCUGGCAAUCAAGGGUCAGCUCCUGUAAAUGCAAACCCAGGCUGGGCUGCACCAGUGCAAGGGCAAAUGCCUACAAGUGUAAAUUCAGGUUGGGUUGCGCCAGGAAACACAAUGCCAGGGUGGGUACCAACCGGUCAAGCUCCACUGUUCGGUAAUGCAGGUUCAGGAUGGGUUGCUGCACCUGGUCAAGGGGCAGCACUAGGAAAUGCUAAUCCUGGUUGGGCAGCACCCCAGAACCCAGGGAAUACAGCAAUGUGGGGAAAUGAACAGAAUCCUAAUGGCGAUAGGGGCUCCCAGGGUGGAGAUUCUGGAUAUGGUGGAGCUAAACCUUACAAUCGACAGCCAUCAUUCGGCACCGGAGGAGGUUCUUCCAGGCCUCCCUUUAAUAAAGCACAGAGAGUGUGCCAAUACCAUAAACAUGGGCACUGCAAAAAAGGGGCUCAAUGCGAUUAUCUGCACACUUAAAUUUUUGCCAACUUAGAGCAGUAGAGCCGACUGUGUACAGUAAUCCUAUUUUCCUGAAUUCCAACAGUAAUGUUCUUUUGAUGCCUUCAUACAUGUAAAAACCCUUUUUUGUAGUAUGACAUCUCUUGUGAGAUUUAGCUAUUUUCUGCAGAUAAACAAUCUCAAGACAAUCCAAGUAAACAUUUCAACAAAAUAGGUCGAGAUGGCAUGCCCUGUAGGAGAGAGGGAGAAAUUGAGGUUAAUGGAUUGAAUAAAAUUUUUCUAGAUCU